CAAAAAUACCAUAAAUUCAAACCAUAGGGCUUUUAACAAUAAUCAUGAGAAGUAUCAAAAAUUUCAUCCUUUUCAUUGUCACCACAACCAUUGCUAUUGCCAACUCCCAAACAACCACCAACAACCUCGUGACAGCCACGUGCAAACAAACACCAGACCCGGUACUCUGCCAAGCUGCACUCGGGUCAGAUCCACGGAUCUCAAAAGCCAAUGACGCAGAAGCCCUAACCCUCAUCAUGUUAGACGUAGCAAAAAACCGUUUCUUGAAGUCACUUCGAUAUGUGGAGGAUGACUUGACCCGGAACCGGAAGACUCAUGACCCCGCAGAGACCCGGGUUCUUCAGGAGUGUAUACGGGUCUAUAGGGUGGUGGUAGAUACACUUAUAGAUGUAGCAGAGAGAGCAAUAAAGGAAGGGGAUCCAAAGUUUGGAGAAGAAGCUAUGGUGGAUGCGGGUAAUGAAGCCCAAGCGUGCAAGAUGGCAUUUCCAAAACGUAAGGUUCUGAGAUGGAUCACGGGUCGGACCUGGAUCCUCCAUCAGCUUUCUAAUGUGACUGCUUCCUUGAUUAAGACCUUAGAAUAG